ACCGAUAACCGGCGCGGCGCGGCCGGCCCGAAAAAAGGCCCCGAUCAUAUGCGUACCGUACCCCUACCUGUAAUUCGCUCUGGGGUUUCUGACUGAUUUGAAAAGACGAAGGCGCCUUGUAAGAAUUCACUUACAAACCUGUAGCUGUGAAUCACAUGAAUAAGAUCAGAAUGAAGAAUUCUUGUGACCUCAAGUGAACUCCAUCUUAUUUUGUGUAUGAUCUGCCCUGAAGACAACAAUCAUGAGCAAAGCAAAAGUUGAGAAGACGGUUUAUACUGUUCCAGGAUCCAGGAUGGCUACGAUGUUGUACUCCUUGGAUAAGCUGAACAGUACGAGCUCAGAGGAUGUGGAUCAGUUACGAUACAUCACAGCAAAGAUACAGCACUGUCUCAAAGAUCAUGAGAAGGUCAGGAAAGAGGUCAUGUCCAAAACAACCAAUGGCUUGGAGAUACUCUUCUCAACUUUGGAGAGUUCAAAAGACAGUCAGGUGUCUCUCAAUGUAACAUACAGUCUUCUAGAACUCCUGCAAUCUAUCAAGAGAGCCCAGAGUAUGGUGGCAAGAGGAGCUACGCAGGUUCUUCUGACUGCUCUUAGUACAGCUUCCAAGCAACAACCCACCUGCGAGGAACUCAUCGUUGGCCUCCAUCAAGUCAUGGCUAAAGUUGGUCCUAAAGAUCGGAAAUUUGGUGUGAAGGCUCGUCUGAGUGGAGCCCUACCCAUUACAUUAGGGAUUGUGAGAGUUAACACAGGCAACCUAGACCUGGUCCAGCCGAUGGUCCAAGUCCUCAAGAUAUACUCCACAAACUCUGUUAAUUCUUCACAUCUUGGUAAAGCGGGUGCAGUUAGCUCUCUCCUCAAGAUCAUCUCUGUUUGUGGCAAGAGGCAUCAUCCUGCGCUAAGGAGUGCUCUAGAAGCUCUAAGUCUCCUUGUAAAAUCAAAAAGCAACUCAGCUCGUGCAAUCGGUCAGGGAGGUAUGCCCAUAUUGGUACACGCAUUCAGUGAAUGGCAGAAGGCUGAUGUCAGAAACAGACAUAUCAGUAUACGUAAAGGAAUACUUAAUGUCAUUAAGAACAUCACCACGCUCAAAUCAGGGAAGAAGAACUUUUCAGAUUGUGAUGGUAUCAAGGUGCUUUUCAAUGCUGCUCUCUCCAUGGCAAGUAGCUCAAGCAAGGAUAUUGAGACCAUAGUGAAUCUAAUCUGUAUCAUUCUGCGGAAGUGUUUCCCUAAGAAUCGUCUACCAGUGCCUACUAUUAGGAGUAGUGUUCCAUUUAGUCUUCCUAUUGUUCCUGAGGGACAUACACUCUUAGAACCUACCAGUGGUGAUGAUGUCAUCGAUGAGAGCGAUGAUCAGGAUGAUGAUGUCAGUAGUGGUGAUGAGAACAAAGAUGAAGAACCACCCAAGAAUGAAGUUUUAGAAGGCGGAGAAGGAGAUAAGCAGACAUCAUCUGAGAUGCAAAAGAGAACACCUGAAGAUCUCGCAGCCUACCUCAAGUUCUUCCCUGAACUCACUGAUUUUGAAGAGCAUAUGGUGGAGCCUGAAGAAGGAGAAGCUGAAGACACACCUCAGGGUCCUGGGACCACCAUCCAUAUACCCACUGCCAAGUCGGAUCUGCCAAGAGGAAACACCAGGAUGGGUGCUACGCAAAACCUCAGGGAGAACCGUUUCAGUUUGCCAAACCUCUCUAAGUACAGCAACCUUGUCACAAACUAUCACUCUGGCGAUGAUACAAAUGUUGAUAUGACAAAGCAUCAAUCUAGACAGGUCCCUGGCAAGGCCAACUCCAAUGCUUGGUUUUCUCAAGACAAUGAAGACACCACCACCUUUGCAGGACACUUUAACCUAGGAGGGUCAGCCAUGAAUACAGAGUUAACCCCAGAUUCAGUGCCUUCAUCAUUCAGAACUAGUGCCCCUAGGGUAUCUGCUAAACAAUCACAGUCUUUCCAUAACCUGAGGCGUAGCCACUCGCCGACCAAAGGAACAAAACAUGGCAAGUACACCAGUCCCGAGCGACAUAUAAACACCCAUGGUUUGUGGGGCAUUGGGGACGAGCACCCCACGGAGAGUAUUGACUUUGUGAGGUCUUCUAUGACAAUCUCAAGGAUGACCCUACGCAGUCCAACCGAUGGCCCGAGUUCGAACAGUGAGAUCUUGAUGACGGAGGAGGUCAGUUUGGAUGAAGUUAAACCUGAUAUGUAUGGGGACACGUUAGCAAAGACAAAGCGGGUGCUUCCGUUCCGAAGGAUAGCCCAUCCAGAAAUACAUGGGCAUUCUAGUGGAGAUAUGUUGGAAGAGUUUUAUGACAAACCAGCAAGUGUACAAAGGUGUCUUGUCUUUGAAGACAUUGAUAGAAUGAUCCACCCACAUAAAGUAAUGGAGAAGACUGUCUUUGAUCUAGAUGAAAUUAUGAAGAAUGGGGCCACACGUUUCACCCCAGGGAACAAUGUAGCACACAACUCUAGAUCUGGUUCAGAUGGAGAGACAACAAUUUUAGCUUUCAAUUCCUUGUUUGAGUGUGGCAAUCUUAGAAGAGCUAUUCAGGUCAGGAAGCAUGAGUAUGAUCUAAUCUUGAGAUCUGAUAUCAACAGUAAUCAUCAUCACCAAUGGUUUUACUUUGAGAUAUCAGGCAUGCAGACUGGUGUACGUUAUCGAUUCAAUGUCAUCAACUGUGAGAAGGUCAACAGUCAGUUCAACUAUGGCAUGCAGCCAGUGAUGUACUCCGUCCAUGAGGCCAUGGAAGGCACCCCACACUGGGCGAGGGUAGGGUCAGAGGUCGCCUACUACAAGAACAACUACAGCCGUAGCACCGCAGCCACCGGAGGUCCCAAGGGCAAGACCUACUUCACCUUUGCCUUCACUUUGACCUUCAAGCAUGAGAAGGACAUCUGCUAUCUGGCCUAUCAUUAUCCCUACAGCUACACCACCUUACAAGUUCACCUGAGUAAGCUACAAGCUAGUCUAGGAGAGUUUAGUGAUAUCUACUUCAGGAAGCAGAGCCUGUGCCUGAGUCUUGGAGGCAACGAAUGUCCAGUCCUCACCAUCACAGCCAAUCCUACAACUCUAGACAAGGAGGGUGUCAUGCAAUUCAGGUGCCGUAGGUACAUCUUCCUAUCUGCUCGUGUCCAUCCUGGAGAGAGUAACAGUUCCUACAUCAUGAAGGGUGUUCUUAAGUUCUUGAUGAGUACUCACCCGACAGCUCAAGCUCUGAGGGAGAUCUUUAUCUUCAAGAUAGUACCAAUGCUCAACCCAGAUGGAGUCAUCAAUGGAAGCCAUCGUUGUUCUCUGAGCGGAGAGGAUCUGAACAGACGCUGGUUACUACCAAUCAAAGAGCUUCAUCCAACCAUCUACCAUACCAAAGGAUUGCUGCAGUAUCUCCAUCUCAUUGAGAGGAGUCCUCUGGUGUACUGUGAUUUCCAUGGGCAUUCAAGGAAGAAGAAUGUAUUCAUGUAUGGUAACAGUGCUGCCAUGUCAUACAGUCCUGAUGAUCUGAACAAAUUUGGUAUCCAGUCUGGGGUAUCGGGUGCUAAAGUGGAAGACACCAGCUACAAGACCCUACCUCGUAUUCUGAGCAGCCUAGCCCCUGCAUUCUCUCACAGUAACUGUAGCUUUGCCGUUGAUAAGGGUAAAGAUUCUGCCGCCCGGGUGGUGGUAUGGAGGGAGAUGGGCGUGGCCAGGAGUUACACCAUGGAAAGUACAUACUGUGGCUUUGAUCAGGGCAAAUAUAAGGGUCUUCAAGUAUCAACAGCCAUGCUCGAGGAGAUGGGUCAGCACUUCUGCGAAGGUCUUUACAAGCUAGCCCGAAGGUUUGAGGCAACGGGGACUGCUCACAGACACCUCUACAACCAUACCUCCAAUGUGACAGACCCAAGCAGCUCGGGGGUGACCAGUACCUACCCCUCUGCUCAGCCCAUGGAUGAUGAGGAGGAGGAGUUGGUAGAUGGAGAUGAAUUCUUUGAUGAGAUGGAGAAAGCCCUGCCGUGCGAGAGGAAGCGAAGUCAUCUGAUGAGGGACCUCAAGGAGGAGCUCACACCAAGCGAGAACGAGGAGGAGGAUGAGGAAGAUGAAGUGGAGGAGGAAGAGAUAGGAGAUGUCGUGUUCGUCUACGGGCUGGACGAUGAUAGCAUUCCAAAGAUAGAUCGAAACUUGGUUGAGGAGAUGAAGAGGGAGGAGCAGGAAGGUUACGUAUACCCAAAGGAUGACGUCGUGGGCAACCCGUUAUGAUGGGUGUAGUGGAUCGCCAUGGUAACACGUCAUCAUCAUCAUCUGCCAAAGGUAUAAUACUGUUCCAUCAUUGGGAUGAAGGAAGAGAAUGGAUGUCUCAAGCAAAGGGAUUAUAUUUAAGAUCAAUUAUUUGUAGGAGAGUGAAUUUGAAGUCAUGUUGGACGAUCACUAGGGUGAUACAGUCAGGAUGCCAACUGUCCCUCCUUGGUAGGAUUUGCAUACCAUUUUUGCCAAAAAAAUAUGUCACAAAUACUACAGUUUCGCUGAAUAUUCAGUUUUGAUUCGUCUAAAAUUGUGUUUACAUAUCACUAUUGAAUGAAAUAUACAUUUACACUGUGCAUGCAAAUAUUCCCUCCCCAGUACCCUGUUUAUAUGUUCCUUGAUUACAGAAAUUCUCUGUGUUAGUCUUGUCAACUUUUAUUCCUGUUGAUCUCUGACUUAGUCAAGGGUGGUGCCGCAGGGGGCAGGAAGGUGGUGACUGCUCCCUUGAAAUGUCAAGUGAUACAAAAAUAAAUAAAAAAGUAAGAAGGGGGGGUAAGAAAGAAGAAAGAAAUGUCCUGAACAAGGUGUCUUGAUUGUACAACAACAUGGUACCCCUAUUCCUUUCACUUUAAAUCCUUCUUACCACUGCCCCUAUUUUGUCAUGUACUCCUCUCUGCAGUAAACAUGUCUUAUUGCUUAAUGAGAAAAAUAGCCAUGAAUAGAACACCCACAAAAAUUCUUGAGUAGUCUAAUAAUUGUGACAAAGUAUGGUAGUAUUAAGCAAAAACUCAUUAGAUUUGAUGUUAGCGUGGGUGUCUUUAGAACAGAAAUUAUUGAGAAUAAAGGAUAAAUCACCUAUAGCAAAUUAGUCCUGAUUUUUUUUAUCAUGCCUUCAACACGAAAUUGAACUUUCAUGAAACGUAUCAUCAUUUCCUGUUGUUUAUAUGGCUUCAUUAUGUAAGUGACCUACCAGUAAAAACAGUGAUAUGUCCUGUUAUUCAUUGUUGUAGUUGCUGAAUUACUGUAAAUGUGGAGAUAUGCAUACUGUCUUCGGAGAAUUUAAUUCCAAACGACUCAAACACCACUUUGAGUGAAAAUUAAUCCAAUGAUAUUAUCAAUACAUUUUCACUCGUCUACCAAUCUUUUAAGACAAAACCAUCUACCUAUAAUUAUGAUAAAAGAUGUACCUUAUGAUAUCAUUUUCUUUAUUAAGUGGAAUUCAACCUUAGUAUUAAAAUGGUUUGUAUGAGAGAAGAAAUGUAGGAAAGCAGAAUUGUGAAAGUUGAUAGAAUUUAGAUAAGAAAUAAGAGUUAUAGAUGUGACUUCGUUAAGAUUAUGUUUAUCUCAAAUUCACAAUUCAUUCAGUGAGUAGACUGUAACAAGAGGUAGGUAAAGUUUUUUUUUUUCCUUCAGUGUUCCGUAUUUUGUUAUGCUUCCCCUUUUUCUCACCACUUUAUCAACUGCCUUCAAUCUGUAAACCUAAUUGCACUCCACGUUGGGUUGAUUCUUUUACCGAAUACUAUGCCUACUUGAUCCAAUUCAGACUUUCCUUGCUUUGCAUUGCUGCAAUCCAAGAAGAUCAGGUGUGUCAACUUAAAGUUUUAUUUGGCAUGAGAGGGACUAGUGGGGAUACAUUAACAUACGCUAAAGUAGCACAAGGGGAUGAGGUGGCGUCAAAUCAGACGUUCUGAUUCCAAGUCAGACGGGUUGAAUGGAAAAUUAAGAUAUUGCUCGUCAUGUUUGUUGUAGUCACUUUAAAAUGCCUACAUCAAGUGGGAUAAAACCUUUGAUGAUCUUUUUUGAGUGAAAUGAUAUGAUGUCUUCACCGAGACUUUUAUUUCAAGUGGAUAUUUUUAGCAAUGUGUGGAUAACAAGGCAAUGAUAUGUAAUUUUCUUGUUUCGGUGAAUAAAAUCCCUUUAUUUUUUAUAAAACAUUCUCAAAUGUCCUUUGGUCUUGUGAUAAAGUGAGAAACUGAGAGGGAUAAGGGAUUUUUUUUUUUUUUUUUUUUUUGGGGGGGGGCGAUGGUGAUUGUAUGUUGGUCAGUAUUGCUCGAACAGUAUUCACACGCUCCUUUAUGAUUCUUUUGCUUGCUCUGGAACCAGGUGAACCCUGCACAAUGUAUAUGAGAAUUGCAGGAUUCCUUUAGAAAGAUUUUAACUGAAUUUUGUUUGUCAUUUUGUCUUUUAUAUAUAUAUAUGCAUUUCCACUAGUGUAAAGAGAGAGCCAUUUGUGCCGGUUUCAUAUGAACUGUCGAUUUGGUUUUCAUGUAUUUACUUGGGCUUAGUGAAGUUUUGAUCCCUUUUUUUUAUCAAUAUAAUUGAGUGAACAAAUGAGUUUUAGCUAUACUUAGAUGUAAUUUUUUUUUUUGACAGGUUAUUUGAUAAUUAUAAUAAUGUAAUAAGAACAUCAUAUGUAACCCAAGGUAGCUACUUCAUUUCUGAAAACUCUCCUCCCAGUGGGCCCUGCUUAGCAUGAUAAUGUAAUUAUUACCCUGGCUUUAAAACGGCUGCCUUAAGCGGGCGAAGGAAUUUUUUCCUCUCAGAUACCUAUUCACCUUACUUUAGACAUCGUUUGUUCUUUGCAAUCUGAAUGCUUUCCCCAAGGGAUUCCUGUCAUAGCAACCGAUAUAUGUAGUUCUGUAAUUAUUUACAGGUAAUUGAUUAUGUAGCUCCUUAAGUACAAAACACCCAUGAAGAUUUAGUAGAGCUUUGUAAAUGGGCAUCGUGUCAUGAAGAGUUAUACCCACUGUCAAGUUGUCAUGAUCUGUGCUGCCUUAACAACAAUGCUUCUGUAUGAAUCAAAACCAAAGGUUAUACUGAAAUCAUUUGUCAAUGACAACUUGUUAAUGAUGACGUGUUUGUUGAAAUGGUGCCCUGUUCAUGUAUUAUAUCUUUUCAUACAGCAAAUCCUAAAUUGUAUUUCACAUACUUCUUGUCAUUUCCCUUUGAUUGUGCAAUCUUCAAAAUCUGCAUUUAUGGAGAUAAAUAAUCUUGCAUAGAUAAUUGAUUAUCUCUAAUAGUUUUUCAUCUAUUAAUAUAUUUUGCUUCGUUUGAUAUAUUGUAUAUGAUUUAAAAUUAGUGUGCUGUGUUAAUAUUUGUUUUUUUAUGUUGCAUUAUUGCUGUAUAGAUUGUGUGUGAAGUAUAAAGAUUAUGAUUAGAUAUGAAUAUAUAUUUAUUAUAGUGCUAACGGGAGGAGGAAAGACAUUGUGAAUGGUUUAGUCAUGGAAUAUUAUACUUCAGUGCAUGAGCAUUAAAAGUUUAAAACUUAAAAGGAUCAAUAAUGUAACAAGAUUUCUCCAUGGUAAUCAGAUUUCUUUUGGUUUUAUGUUAUUCUUUUCAUUUAGGUUGAAAUUCUAUUGGGUUUUGUGGGGUUUUUUAAAGUAAAUAUUUGGUAUUUUAACUCUUGUGCAUUGUCUUGCUAAAGUAUAUUUUUUACCCUUUUAAAAAAAUAUACAAAUGUUGAAUACAAACUUGAAAAAACAUUGAUUUGCUUGCAUCCCAAAUUUUUCUUUUAAAGGUGCAGUUUAUUUUCCAUCAUAUAUUUGAGAAAAAUAUAAUUUGCUGAUAUCAAUGUUUGAUUGUAACAAGAAUGUUUCAUCAAUUCUGUGUUGUACUACAUGGUGGGUUUUGCUUGCCUAGUUGUCAUACAAAGAUGUCCCAGAAAAUGUGUUCACUUACCCCCCCCCAAAAAAAAAAAAAAAAAAACAGGCAACAAAUUGAUGAUUUUGAUGAGGAAAGACUGACCAACAUGUAGUUGUAAAGGUAAUUGGCCUGCCAAAUAUAGACAUUCUAAAUUUCUUUGAAAUUUAGGAGUAUUUUUAGGGCAAUAUUUUGUUUUCCUUUGGUGCAUAAGUAGUCACA